AUCUGUGAGGCGGUAUUCGCCUGCCACGAUGUGCUCACGGAUAUGUUCCAUUCGGCGCACAAAAUUCUCUCUCCUAUCGCCGCCUGUCCUGGUCAGUGCGUCAAAUGUGCCCAGAUCUUCACAGAACCAGCACCGCAGCCUAGACGGAAAGGUUCCUUGCAGGUGUUGCUCAGUGUGCUCUGUCCAGUCCGCAAGCUCAUCGCCGUUGAAUGUCUGGCCACAGAUCUCGCAAGGGAGCUGGUAGCGUUGGCGAGGUGGCUGCUGUCGAUGGAUAUGAGUGUCCACAUUGGAGACACGGCUGUGCCUUGACGGCGCCGAGGAUACACUGCUGGCCACGCUGUGCGCACGGCCAGCCCCGUGCGCCGUCGACACAGUUCCCUGCGAUGACUGCGACAAGGUCUCCCAAUCGGUAGCGUGAUCCGCCAAGGAUGAUGCCCUGGCGCUGGCGACGGAGGUGGUAGCACCGCUAUACCCAUGCGCAGUCGUAUUGUCAGUGGGAGCUUUGGAUUGGAAGUUCUGAUAAUGGUCAUGACUGGGUGCUGGCCAUCCCAGAAAUCGAGCGACAACGGUUGCAUGAUGGGAGUUGUCGGGUGGUGCAUGAUAUAAUCCUCCCUGUGCGAACUGUGCUGAGGUCAACACAGAGAUUGGAUCCAGGUCUGGGCUCUGAGGGUCAGGGAAAUCACCGUAGUCGCUCAAGCUGAGCGACUGACUGUCCCAGUCGACACUCUUGUCUUUGGAAGACCUGCUGCUCGACAUGGCUUCCACACCCUCCUGGAAUGC